AUCAUCCCGGGUGGUUCCCAGAUCUGGAUUGUCCUGGAUCCUCCUGGAUCAUCCUGGGUUGAUCCCGGAUCCUCCUGGAUCAUCCUGGGUGGUUCCCAGAUCCAGAUUGUCCCAGGUCGAUCCUGGAUCAUCCCGGGUCAGUCCCGAAUCAUCCCGGGUGGUUCCCACAUCCAGAUUGUCCCAGGUCAGUCCCAGAUCCUCCCAAGUGGUUCCCACAUCCGGAUUGUCCCGGGUCAGUCCUGGAUCCUCCCGGGUGGUUCCCAGAUCCAGAUUGUCCCGGGUCAGUCCCGGAUCAUCCCAGGUGGUUCCCAGAUCCGGAUUGUCCCGGGUCGAUCCCGGAUCAUCCCACGUGGUUCCCAGAUCUGGAUCAUCCUGGGACAGUCCCAGAUCCUCCUGGAUCAUCCCAGGUGGUUCCCAGAUCCGGAUCAUCCUGGGUUGGUCCCGGAUUCUCCUGGAUCAUCCCACGUGGUUCCCGGAUCCAGAUCGUCCCAGGUCGGUCCUGGAUCCUCCCGGCUCAUCCCGGGUGAUCCCAAACCGUCCUCCAUCCUCCCGGGAUCCUCCUGGAUCCGGAUUUUCCCGGAUUGUCCCAGUUCCGGAUUGUCCUGGAUGGUCCCACCGGGCCCUUCCCGGGUUUUCCCGGAUUUUUCCGGAUUUUCCCGGCUCUCCCUUCCCUCCUCCCCCCCCCCCGCGGUCGCUGUCACUGGAUCGUUCCCAGCAGUCGAUAAUUAAUUAAUAAAUUAAAUCCAACGGGA